AGGCAAAAAAUGGCAGAGCAGCAACCAAGCAAAGAAGAAAAGAAAGAAGAUAAAAAAGACGAAAAAGAAGAGGAACUACCAGCACCAAGUGUUCAGCAAUCUAUUCGACAGUUGCCGAAGAUUCAAAUUACUGAUGAUGAUAAGGGCGAACAGCUGCCAGAAUGCACUGAAGGAGAGUGGGAUGCCAGUGAUGAACCGUUCUCAGCUGAACUUCUGAACGUCAAAAAUGCUCCAAACAAGGUAUCCGUGUUCAGUGGUCCUUAUCGUUCCAAAGAAACCAUUGAAAAAAUCAAAAAGUUCAGAGCAGCAAUGCCUCCUGUCAUUCCAAUCAUUGACGAACGGCCAGAUAAGCUGGCUCAAAUGAUGAGUCGUAUUUUCAGUGAGAUAAUUGACGGACGUGAUCUUUCGAAGAUUAAGGUGACAGUUAGCACACAAUUGCCGCAAUGAUUGGAUUUGACAAUAUGAGAUCGGUUGUAAAUAUUGACCAAUAAACAAUUAAUUU